CUCUCUCUUCUACUUCAUUGUAUAUGGUUCUCCAUUUUUUCAAUUGAAUGAGGCAGAUAAUUUCACAUAUAUUAACUUUAUUACAACCUCAUCAGAUAGAUCGAUUGGAGGAUUCUUGUUUGUUACUUCUUUCUUGUAGGAAUUGGGGUUCCCUUUUCAUAAACAGAGAUUUCUCUUCUGAUUUGGUUCCACUGAUUUUCGUGGAACUUUGUAGUCUAGUGGAUGUGGAUGAGUUAGACAUGGUAAUCUAGUUGGUGGAGGUGGACUUUUGUGAAACUUUUUUUAUUUCUGAAUUUGAUUUUGCAAAUUGUUCCUUGAGAGGGUAUUGCAUCUCUAAGAAAGCUUGAGAUUUUACUGGUGCUCUCUUAGAAUAUUGGGAACCUAGUGCAAGGAAGUGUUCCAUUUCAUUGCAUUUAAUUUCAUGAAUAAAGGUAUCAAACAUGGAUCUGAUGUGAUGGCAUAAGACAUGACGGAUAGCCAAAGGUUCAGUGAAACUGUAUUCUCGAAUGGAGACAUUUAUGAAGGGAGUUAUAAAGGACAACUUCCUCAUGGCACAGGAAAAUAUAUAUGGUUCGAUGGAUGCAUAUAUGAAGGUGAAUGGGAAGAAAGCAAAAUGAGUGGAAGAGGAAAGAUUUCAUGGCCAUCUGGAGCUUCAUAUAAUGGAGAUUUUAGUGGUGGUUAUAUACAUGGUUCUGGCACAUACAUCGCAGCAGAUGGUGCUUCUUACAUGGGUGACUGGAGGAUGAACAUACAGCAUGGAUUAGGAAAGAAAACAUACAAUAAUUCUGAUGUUUAUGAAGGAUCUUGGAAGGAAGGAGUACCAGAAGGUAUUGGUAGGUAUCUAUGGAGUAGUGGAAAUACAUAUGUUGGGAGUUGGAAAUCUGGGAAAAUGUGUGGUAGAGGCAUUCUAAAAUGGGUGAAUGGUGAUCUUUUUGAUGGGUUUUGGGUGGAUGGUUUGGAGCAAGGAUUUGGCAUCUACAGGUUUGCUGAUGGGGGGUAUUAUUUUGGAACUUGGAGCAGGGGAUUAAAGGACGGAAAAGGGUCCUUCUUUCCUUCUGGUAGUAAAAUUCCAAAUGUAGCAAGUUGGUUAACAUCUUUUAAUCAUGCUGAUUGCAAAUCUUAUUUUCAUGACUGUUCUGCCUCAAUGGAUUUGGAGGACUUCAGUGCUCAAAAGUUGAGGAAAGUCAAAAGUAGUCUCUCUGAAAAAUGGUCUGUAAUAGACCUAUUUAAAAGUACAGGUCGUAUAUCACAUAGGUCGACAUCUCUAGAUGGGGAUCUGAGGCUUGGCGCCAAUGUUGGAGAAAUAUCUAGAAAGGAUGUUCUAGGUAAAGGAUUGUGUGCUUUAGAGGGAGGUACAAUUGGGACAGAUGAUGAUGAUGUCACUGUGUAUGAUAGAGAGUACAUCCAAGGGAUGCUAAAAAGUGAGUCUAUUAGAAGUAACCAAACAUCACUGAAAAAUAACAGAAAACGUCAUAAGCGGCAAACAAAAGAAGGGAAUCGACCAGGUGAAACUGUUAUCAAAGGCCACAGAAGUUAUUAUCUGAUGCUCAGUCUGCAGCUUGGUAUCAGGUACACAGUUGGAAAGAUCACACCUGUUCCCAUGCGUGAAGUACGUUCUUCAGAUUUUGGACCUAGGGCCAGGAUAAGGAUGUACUUCCCAAGAGAGGGAUCUCAGUUUACUCCUCCACACUAUUCAAUUGAUUUUUAUUGGAAAGAUUACUGCCCAAUGGUCUUCAGGAACUUAAGAGAAAUGUUCAAGAUAGAUGCUGCUGAUUACAUGAUAUCCAUUUGUGGUGGUGAUGGUUUGCGGGAGCUUUCCUCACCUGGGAAAAGUGGCAGCAUUUUCUAUCUUUCCCAAGAUGAGAGAUUUGUGAUUAAAACAUUGAGGAAGUCUGAAGUGAAGGCUCUACUAAAGAUGCUUCCUAACUAUUAUAAUCAUGUGGGGAUGCAUGAAAAUACUCUCAUAACCAAAUUUUUUGGGCUUCACCGAAUAACAUUAAGAGGAGUCCUUCGACAGGUUCGCUUUGUGGUUAUGGGAAACAUGUUCCGCACAGAACUAAGAAUUCAUCGCAGAUAUGACUUGAAAGGUUCAUUGCAAGGAAGAUUCACCAAAAAGCGUGCAAUUGAUGAAAAUACUACUUUGAAAGAUCUUGAUCUCGCUUAUGUGUUCCAGCUAGAACCUUCAUGGCGUGAAUCUCUUUUUAAACAAAUCUCAUUGGACUGCAAGUUCUUAGAAUCACAGUGCAUAAUUGAUUAUAGCCUGCUGCUGGGACUUCAUUUCAGAGCACCAGAACAUCUGAUUGUCUUAGAACCUCAAGACACAAUACCUUAUCAUGUCACAGCACCACCAGAUGAUGUGAAUGUAUGUCAUGAAGGCGAGCUCCCAAUCCCACCAAGAGGUUUAUUAUUAGUUGCCCAUGAGCCAAAUGCAGUUAGCACUACACCUGGCUCCCACAUUCGAGGAAGCACAUUGAGAGCACCGGCUGUGGGUGAUGAGGAAGUUGAUCUUUUACUGCCUGGCAUGGGAAGGCUGCGGGUUCAGCUAGGAGUAAACAUGCCAGCACGAGCCAACCGGAAGCUUCAGCAUGAUGCGGAAGGCUCGUUGGAGAUGGAUCUCUUUGAGGUCUAUGAUGUGGUCCUCUAUCUGGGUAUUAUCGAUAUACUACAGGAAUAUAAUUUAAAGAAGAAACUCGAGCAUGCUUACAAAUCGUUGCAGUUUGAUCCUUUGUCUAUAUCUGCAGUAGAGCCAAAGUUGUACUCAGAACGUUUUCUCAACUUCCUCAAGAAAGUGUUUCCUGAGCAAACGUGAGGUAUAUGGUUUUGGCCUGAUGAGGUUAAAGCAAGCAUUAGGCAAGCAGGCUAUCAUUGAUUAGAGAUCAUUAUAUUUGCUGGGUUUCUAUUUGCCCUUGAUUAUUGAAUUUCUUGUAUCUAAAUGACCCGGGUCCCUCUCCCUCCCCUCUAAUCAGGGUGUUAAAUGGCAAUUUUCUCAGCAGACAGAGAGAUAUAUAUAUGAUGUUUACUCAUGUGGAAUGCAAGAGAGAGAAAGAAAGAGAGAGAUGAUGUCUACUCGUUGAGUACAGCAGCCCCUCCCUGGCUUCUAAUGAGAUGGUUCUGAAUGAACAUUGCAUUUAUAUGCCGGGAGUGGACUAAUAUUAGCUGAAACCCAUCGGUCACUCUCCCCUCCCUAGUUCACUUGCCUCCAACAGACAACAGUAAACAUCCGGAAGUAAAUGGAGUCUUCAGCAUAGAUCCAACACUGUCCCCACGUAUGCCAGGAGGAAUAGAAUCUGACAGCUUUUCAGGCAGUGAUUGUGCAAUCGACUUUUGGAGCCUACUGUAGUUUGGCUGGGGUUGGAAGCCCUUGAUUACUUUGGGUGUGUGUGUGUGUUUUUUUUUUAUAAAUUUGAGAAAUAUGUAUUUAUCUAUC